CUCCCUCCAAGCAGUUCGGGUUCUGGCUGCGGAGGAUGUCACACAGGAAUUUUGUUAACCCCUAAUGAUCUGCAUACUCCGGUAACCCGCUCACAGGGAAGGCUCCAGGUUCCCUUAGAAUGGUUCAUAGAAAAUAUUUCCGUACACUUCAUUUUAAGGCUCUCUUUUUGCCCAAAUGAAAAAUGGCCGCUUGGCAGCUUCCUCCACUCAAUGGCUUCAGCAGCCGGUUGGGGGCGUGAAUUCCUGAACUUCCGGUUAGAGAAGGGCGAGAAUCCGCAUUAGCGGUUUAUUCGUAUGUGGGCGGGGCUGUGAGUAAGUGCACUUCCGGGUACCUGUGGUAGGAGUGAAGGCAGCGCUCAGAGCACGAUGGCAGAGCCGGGCAGACCUCAGAGGAAGAUGUCUCGUACGGGGCUCUCUCUGUACCAGGUGCUGGGUCUGGAGAAGGGGGCCUCGCAGGACGACAUUAAGAAGGCGUACAGAAAGUUAGCCCUGCGCUAUCACCCGGACAAGAACCCCGACAAUCCAGAAGCUGCCGAAAAGUUCAAGGAGAUCAAUAACGCCAACUCUACUCUCACCGACGACAACAAGCGCAGGAUCUACGACCAGUACGGCUCCAUGGGGCUCUACGUGGCCGAGCAGUUCGGAGAGGAGAGCGUCAAGUACUACUUCCUGAUGUCCAAGUGCUGGUUCAAAGCGCUGGUGAUCUGCUGCUCUCUGGUCACCUGCUGUUGCUGCUGCUGUUGCUGCGGGUUCUGCUGCGGCCGCUGUAAGCCCCCCGAGGAGGACGAGUCGUAUAAAUGCGUCAAUCCCGAGGACCUGGAGGCUCAGAUCAGGGCAGAGGAUGGUGAUGACGUUAUCCACGUGCAGCCGUCCCCCGGACCCCCCGUUCACCCCGAGCCUCCGCGGCAGAAUUCCUAACGGCGUUGGUGCGCCAGGAUCCGGUGAAUGAAACCUCUCAGUGGGUGCCAGCUCCGGUGAUUGGCCGCACAUCUGCCGGAUGGGGAGCUUCUCUCGUGGUCCCUGAUUUUUUGCCCAGGAGAGAGUCUGACAGCCGAUGCCCAUCGCCCAUCUCUGCCAAUAAACAUUCCCAGUGCUGGCCCCAGGGGUCCCGCUCUAUGCUUGUAAUUACUGUUCUCGCGGUUAAUGGCUGGAACUUAGUAGGAGAGGGUUUAAUACCCCAAGCUUUCUGUCCGUUCCUGCCCCGCAUUCACCGCCCUCCUGCCCCGCUCCGGCAGCGAGCGCUCGCUCACUCACCGUGGAUCGUGGACUGGAUUCUGCAUGGACGGGAGGGCUCUGCUGCCGCUGCCACGUUGCUCGCCGCGUACUGACUGUGUUUGCCCCCCUUUAUGAUCC